AUGCACGCCUGGGCAGUCAAUGAUGGCUUGUGCGGGCAUGCAUCUGCAAGCAGGCCGUGGAACGAAGGAGAGCGGCCGGUUACAGAACCUAUUACCGGCAGAGAGCCACAAGGAGUUCAUCCCAGCGCUCCAGCUUCGCCAAUAAGGAUCACCAUGCCUGCAAUGAUCACCCACAGCAGCAAGGUGGUCCUGCAUGAGGAUCCCCUGCCACAGCGCUUGCUGAUGCUGGAGCAGAAAUGCCGAGCUCAGGAGGCCAUGCUGUUGGAGAAAGAUGCUCAUCUCCAGAAGCUCAAAGAGAGCGCUGAUGGCGAGCAACUUCGUCUGCGUGUUCUGAUGUUGGAGGGACGAUGCCGCUCUCACGAGGCAAUCCUGUCCGAGAAAGAAGCCCAACUUCAGAAGCUGAAGGCUUUUCAGCCCAGAGUGCCACUGCUCGAGCAGAAGGUGCGAUUGCAGGAGGCGGAGCUUCACGACAGAGACAAGCAGAUCCACAAGCUGACCGAGAUUGUGGAUCAAGCGAAAUCGUCACUGCAGCAACUUGCUAUCGAAGCAGAUAGUGAGAACAACGAGCUUCAGGCGGAGCUUAUUGCCAUGAAGGAGAAGCUGGAGUGUGUCGCUGAUGAGACUCGGUCACGGGAGGAAGUGGAUCAGCUUGACAAGAAGCUGGCCGAAAGCGAGGCAAUGUGUCAAGCGCUUCGGUGGGAGUUGGAUGCCAUCUCAGUAAGGAAUGCACAGGAAACUGCCACGAGUGCGGAUCCUGGCAAUGAUCUUACGGACCGCGAGGUCACAGCGCUUCGUGCAGAAGCCGUAAGGCUCCGCGAACUCCAGCAGCUGCAAUGGCAGCAGCACGCUGCCAACGCCCAGCGCUUCCGAGCGGAGCUGACGGCCUUGCGCGCGGCUCUUCGAAGGGAGGGACUGGCAGUCGACUCUGGUAUGGAGCUGGCGGCCGAUGUUUCGUCCGAGGCGCUUGAGGAAGCGAAGAUGGAAACGGCACUAGCUCAGAAAGAGCUGGAGGAAUCUCGAGGCUUGGCUGUGCAGGCCACCUCAGAGCUGGUAAAGCUGAGGGAUGGCCUUUCCGAGGCCGAGGCGGCUUUGGAGACAGAGCGUCGAACACGCCGCCAAGCAGUCGAGUCACUACAUCAGUGCGAAGAGGUCGCUGCCAAACUGAUGGCCGAGAGAAAUGGUGCAAGGGCCGAGUUGGAGGAACACACAGCGGUGGCUGAGGCUUUCAGAAAGCAGGCAGCAUCAGACGUGCGAGAGAGCAGGUGGGCCCGCUUCACGCUGCGCUUGCUGCAUUUCAUCGAUGGAAGUACCUUCGACGAGCUCAAGGAAAGCUGGUCUUACGGCCUACAGCGGUGGCAGGCUUUUGCCACGACGUUGACCGAAAAGAUCAACAGCCGUGCACAGGAAAUAGCAGGCAAUUGUGCCAAAGGUGACAAGGCUCUCCAAGCGCUGAACGAGAAGAUAACCAGCCAGGAGCUGCAGAUGGCGGCUUUUGCAGACAAAGCGGUGCAGGAGUUCAGUGAAGCUCAGAGGAGUUGGGAGGAGUGCCUGAAAAGAGAGCGCACGCUGCGCCUAUCUGCUGAGGAAGAUCUCCGCAAGCAAUGUGGUGAGCAGGCGGUCGACUUGGAAAAAGAUCGAAGUGAGGUCGAAAGGCUUCAGAAGCAACUUGCUGAAGCACAGCACACGAUCGGCCAGCUGGUCGUCCAGUCCUUGGAACCAGCCCCGAAGAAGGCUGCGGCAUCCAAGACUGCUGCGGGGAGCCUCCGGAGUCGAACACGGUCUUCGCUGACCUAG